AUGGUGCUCACGCAGUGGGAGCUGUCCUUGCUUGCCCCCUUCGUAAAAACAACGACACAGCGACGUCGUUUCUUAGUGCUGUGUGCGUUAAGCUACGUUGAGCGCCCAGUUAUCCCAGACAUCCGGUACAAUCUCAAUGCGUUGUCCUAUGCCAACGCACUGCUCGACUUUCGCUUCGACGUCAUGGGAAUCAAGAAGUUGGGCUAUCUUCUUGGUCUCCCGGCUGUGGUGAUUACUACUCAACGCUACUGUGCUUCCCUGGACGAAGCGAUGUGCAUUCUGCUCGGCCGUCUGGCAUUUCCAACUCGGUUCCACACCAUGACACAGACGCUUGGGCGUUCACGGGCUGCUUUGUCGUCAAGUGUACAGUGGACACAAGCGCAUCCACUGCCUGAACUACUGCGGCCCCUGACGGCAUUUGCAUCCGCUUCUACGGCCCCGUCAAUUCUGCGGAUGAAUGGUUUGUUGGAGUACCUCUCCCAGCGACCAAGUGUGUUCUCCGACUGCUUCAUUUACGGGGACCCCGCGUAUGGUAUAUCCCGACAUCUUUUGUCGGGAUUUAAAGGUGUGGACCUCUCGGGGAAGAAGCGAGAGUUCAACAAGUGGAUGAGUCGCGUGCGCCAAGCUGUCGAAUGGAACUUCAUGAUUAUGAAGUCGUUGUGGGCCUUUAUUACGUAA